AUCGCCGCCAUGUUCUCACGGGCAGUCAGACAAGCGGCUGUGCCUCUGCGCACUACUCGGCCUUCCAUUCCUCUAGUGGCCGCCAGACGAACCGUCACUACGAAUGCCGCCUCGUCGAGCGUCGAUAAGAGCGCAGUCCCCCAGUCCGACGACGAGCCUUUCAUCGUCAACCUGAACGAUGAGAGCUUCGAGACCUACGAGUUGGACCCCCCUCCAUACACCCUCGAGGUGACCAAGAAGGAGCUGAAGAAGAUGUUCUACGAUAUGGUUGUCAUUCGACAGAUGGAGCUGGCUGCCGAUCGGCUUUACAAGGACAAGAAGAUCCGAGGUUUCUGCCAUCUUUCCACCGGCCAGGAGGCCGUUGCCGUCGGCAUCGAGCACGCCAUCACUAAGGAGGACGAUCUCAUCACCGCCUACCGUUGCCACGGCUUCGCCCUCAUGCGCGGCGCCACUGUCCGGUCCAUCAUCGGCGAGCUCCUCGGUAGACGCCAGGGUAUCGCCUAUGGAAAGGGUGGAUCCAUGCACAUGUUCGCCAAGAACUUCUACGGUGGCAACGGUAUCGUCGGUGCUCAGGUCCCUGUUGGUGCUGGUCUGGCCUUUGCUCACAAGUACAACGGCCGCAAGAACAGCUCGAUUAUCCUGUACGGUGACGGUGCCAGCAACCAGGGACAGGUCUUCGAGGCUUUCAACAUGGCGAAGCUGUGGAAGCUGCCCGCUCUGUUCGGCUGCGAGAACAACAAGUACGGUAUGGGUACGGCGGCUGCUCGUUCCUCUGCCCUAACGGACUACUACAAGCGUGGCCAGUACAUCCCUGGCCUGAAGGUCAACGGCAUGGACUGCCUGGCUGUCAAGGCUGCGGUCAAGUACGGCAAGCAGUGGACUGACGCCGACAAUGGCCCUCUCGUCCUCGAGUACGUCACCUACCGGUACGGAGGCCACUCCAUGUCGGACCCUGGCACCACCUACCGUACCCGUGAGGAGAUCCAGCGCAUGCGCAGCACCCACGACCCCAUCUCGGGCCUGAAGCAGCACAUCCUGGACUGGUCCGUCGCGACCGAGGAGGAGCUGAAGGCCAUCGACAAGGAGGCUCGCAACCACGUCAACGAGGAGGUUGCCGCCGCCGAGGCCAUGCCCGCGCCCGAGGCUACCCCCCAGAUCCUGUACGAGGACAUCUACGUCCGGGGAUCGGAGCCGCCUUUUAUCCGGGGACGUACGCCUGAUGACAACUUCUACUUUGCCUAAAUGGGUCGAGGUAAAAAUUUAUUGGACACAAAGAGAAGUGAAGCACUGUGCACUACCCUGGCCUGGCGUUCUGCAUGUACAAUACCAAGAAAGAUAAGAAACAGUGGAUUGGACUAGGAGGAAAACCGGGAUCCUAUAGAAAUACUAAGUACUCGGGGGAGGUUCAUUUCAUUCCAUAAUUAAUUUCUGAGCGAUGAGUCGAGGAACCAAUGUGACAAAAAGUGCAAGGUAGAGAGAGAAAGACAUACCUUCACAAUCAUGCGGACGAGGAGUCGCUUGUCGAGUAACACCUACCUAGUGCACCUCUACCUAGUACGCUGUACUAGGAGGAGGGUUCAAUUUCACUUUCUAUCUUAUCCCU